UUAUAAAUAUGCUUACCUCCACAAAAAUAAAACAGAAAACUUCUUGUCCUUCGCAUAUUGGAAUAUGAAGUGCUUUACUACAUUCAAAAUUUGAAAAAAUUCAAAUUUACGAAACAAAUGUCAUUUUAUUAUAUCGAAAUUUGAAAUUUUAUGUUUAGUGAAGGACCCAGAAAAUACUUUGUACAACUCCUAAUAACUAAAUCAAUAUCGAGAACAAGAUGGAGAAAAUUUCUCUUCUCGAUCACAAUUUCGAGUUAAAAGUGAACCCAUGGAUUUGGAUUUUCCCGAGGAAGAGCAAGAGCCACCAGCUUUUGGCCCUGCUGCAUUGGGUCUGCACAGAGUUGGUACUAAAUUGCCACCAAAACCUGCGCCUAGUGAACCAGUUCAAAAGCUUAAUGCCAGAGGUAUGCCAGCUAGAAUUCGGAAGAAAAAUAGGUUUAUUUUUGUUGACGACUUUGUGAAUACAUCUCCUCCUAGACAGUCACCAAAAAGAAUUCCAAAGAUUUUAUCAAGGUCACCAAUUAAGCAAUCCAGUGCAAAGAAACAGAAAUCACCUACUAAAGUCCAUAAACAUAAUGACAAAUAUGAAGAGAAAACAGAGAGUACUGGAAGUCAGUCACCAGAUCGUAAAUCAGGGCAGCGAAUUGGCAUGAGGCUUCGGAACCUAUUGAAGCUGCCAAAAGCCCAUAAAUGGGUGUGUUUUGAGUAUUUCUAUAGCAAUAUUGAUAAAGCACUCUUUGAUGGAGAAAAUGAUUUUAUGAUAUGUCUUAAAGAAUCAUUUCCGCAGUUAGCAAAUCGCAAACUGACUCAAGUACAAUGGGCUAAAAUAAGGAGAAUGAUGGGUAAACCCCGUAGAUGUUCUCAAGCUUUCUUUGCUGAAGAACGUAAGGAGUUAGAUAGAAAAAGGAAACUUAUACGGUAUAUACAGCAAAGGAAAACUGUUGAUAUAUCUAUAAAAGAUUUACCUAAUGAAAUCCCUAUGCAGUUAGUGGUGGGUACAAAGGUAACUGCAAGAUUGCGAAAACCACAGGAUGGUUUAUUUACUGGUUGUAUUGAUGCUGUUGAUACAUCAAAUAACACAUACAGAAUUUCUUUUGAACGACCUAAGUUGGGAACUCAUUCUGUUCCUGACUAUGAAGUUCUUUCUAAUGAACCCCCCGAUACAAUUAGCCUUUCUAGUAUUACACAAAAAUUCAGACCUCAAUAUUUAAUGCAAGAAAUGUUCAAUUUGUAUCAACCUUGUUUGCCCACAAAUAAUAAUACACAAAGUGAUCCACUAAUAGGAUGUUCUGACAUAGCAAAACAAUUUGAAAACUCUAUAGGUAAUUAUCCAGUCUCACUAUUAGAGUUAAUUGUAAAAUUAACAAAAGUACUUCUGGCCAAGAAAAGUAAAAUAAGCAGAUUAAAAGAAUACAACUGUGAAGCUGAGAAACGAAAAUGUUUUGGACAAAAAAUGCCUGAAGAUUUUGAAAGGAAAUAUGCUGCAAUUGUAAUAGACCUUGAGAGAAUGAACAUGGACUUACAAGAGUAUAUUAAUGAAGUGCAGCAAUACUGCCAACAGAUAGCUCCAGGACCUUGUUUAGCUGCAAUGCUAGCACCUUCACAUUUACGAGAAAAAUGUCGAGAGGAGGCAUUAUUAUUAGUAGAGAAGAAUAACAAAGGUUCUAUAAAAGAUAUUAGCUUAAUUGAUCUCAUCACAGAUCUUACAGCUUUAAUGUUACAAGUCAGAAGUUUAUCAGAUUCUGAUCAAAAUGCUUAUGAAUUAAGUGUGUUGCAAGGAACCAUGGAUCAAAUUAAAAUAAAAUUAAAACCUCAACACCAAAAAUUAUUCCAAAAUAAUGUAGAGGUCCAUAUGCACAGAAUACAACUAGGAUUAGGCCAAAUGUCUUCAAAUACAUAUGUUUCUGGUACAUAAAGUCUAUGCAAUAUAGUAAUAUUUAAAAUUACUAUCUCUUUUAUUGUAAAAUAAAUGGUUAAGUGCUGCCAGCUCAUAUCUAAAACUUCUAAGUUAAUUGUAAACUUGUACAAAUUGUAUAAAUCAUUAUAGAGAUAAUAUAAUAGAGAGUGUGGUAUAGAUAUAAUAUUUACACCUCUCAUCACUUCUAAGGGGUCUGCACCUUUAGGAGUGGCAGUAGUAAAGCAUGAGUGGUGCUACAGUGGUCACAACAUAAAUCUGUGAUCUCUGGUAUGUUCAUGUCUAUAGGAAUGUUUAGUACUUUGUAUUGGGUGGGCUGUCAGCUUCUUUGUCACUUCCAUUAUUGUAAAAAAAAUGCUAAUAUAAAUAUUUUUUGUAAUUUUUAUUAUAAUUCAUCUUCAUUAGUAUCUACAUACAUAUUAAACUUGAUGAUCUUGUAACUAAAUAAGUAUUACAAACGGUGUUAAAAUGUUUAUUAAUCAUACCAUUCUAACUUACAAAUAUUUUAAAUUUAAAUGAAAUGUGUAAAAAUAUUAAAAAAGGAAGUGUACAACUGGCAAAAAAAGCUUGACGAUAAUACCUAUGGAUUAAAAAUAU